AUGAAGUUUGGGAAGAGACUCAAGCAACAAGUUCAAGACACUUUGCCAGAGUGGAGAGACAAGUUUUUGUCGUAUAAAGAAUUGAAGAAACUUUUGCGACUCUUAUCUUCUGUUGGUUAUGGAAAAGGUGAAGCUGAGUUUAUGUAUUUGUUGAAUAAUGAGAUUGAUAAAUUCAAUGGAUUCUUCAUGGAACAAGAAGAGGAUUUCAUUAUCCGACACAAGGAAGUACAACAAAGAAUCAAGAGAGUAGUUGAUUUAUGGGGACCAAAUGGUAGUCAAGCUUCAGAAGAAGAUUAUAAAGAGGAAAUGGAAAAAAUUAGAAAAGCUAUUGUUGAUUUUCAUGGUGAAAUGGUUCUCUUAGUAAACUACAGCAACAUUAAUUAUACAGGGUUGGCUAAAAUUUUGAAAAAGUACGAUAAGAGAACAGGAGGUUUACUUCGAUUACCAUUCAUUCAAAAAGUAUUGGAGCAACCAUUUUUCACGACCGAUUUAAUUUCGAAACUUGUGAAAGAAUGCGAGAGCAUAAUCGACGCAGUGUUUCCGGUUGAAGAAGAAGGUGAAAGAGCAAGAGAAGAAAUUGUAGUAGUUGGUGAAGGGAUUUUCAGAAACACUGUUGCAGCUUUACUUACAAUGCAAGAAAUGAGAAAAGGAAGUUCAACACAAAGUGCUUUUUCUUUGCCUCCUCUCAAUUUGCCAGAUUCUGAUCUUAUUCAAUCAAUUCAGCUUAAUGCUGCUGUUCCAAUUGUUUAG